AUGUUUCAAGAAUCUUUAUUAACAAAUUUUAUUAAUAUUAUAUAUAAAAUAAAAAUUUCUUGGAAAUUUCUUUUAUUUCUUUUAAUUAUUUUAAAAUUUUCUUCUACAUAUGCCGCUUCAAUAACAACAUUAUCAUCAUCAACUUAUCAUCAUUUUGAAUUAAUAUCAAAUAAUUCUUAUCGUAAUUUUUUUCUAAGACAGUAUUUUAUUGAUUUACUUAAUAUUUCUCAUUCAGCACUUGUUCAAUCAAUGAUUAUAAAUCAUCAUUUAACAACAAAAUUAGAACAAAUUAAAAAUCGAAAACGUAGAUCUAUAACUAAUAAAUCAUUCUCUUUAACUCCAACUUUUACAUUACAUUCAACAAAUUGCUUAAUAUUAAAUAAUAAUCAAGUUCAAUCAACAUUUCAAUGGUCUCAUUCAAUAGAAUCCUUAUCUUCUGUUGAACUUAUUUAUCAUAUUGAUUCAAUUGAAAUAAAAAAAUCUUCAAUACCUAUACAUAUUUCAAUAAAACAAUCACAAACAUUUAUUGAAUUAUUUUCCAUUGAUACAUAUUUAUAUUUUGAUUCUGCUCGAGAUUUUUAUUUUCUUAUUAUAUAUGAUUAUCUUUCAAAAAUAAAUAAACAAAAUUUAAUUAUUGAAACAAUUAUUAAUAAUCAAACAUGUCAAACAUUACAUACAUAUAUAAUAAUAUCAUCAGUAAAAUCUAAUCAAUUAUCUUCAUAUAAUUUUCAACAAACAACAACAACAAUAUGUAAAAUAAAAACGAUUCAAAUUAAAUUUGAAGAACUCGGUUUAGCUUAUUUAAUAAUUAGACCAAAAGAAUAUACAUUUACUUAUUGUGAUGGUUCAUGUACAAAUUUAACAUUUCAACAACAAUUACAACAAUCAUCUAUUUAUGCAUUAAUACAAUCAAUUAUUAGUAAAAAAUAUUCUAAUAUUCCUCAACAAAAUUGUGUACCAUCACAAUUUGCUGAUGAUAAUUUUCUUCUUCGACAAAUAGAUGGAUCUAUGGGAAUAUAUCCAAUUAAAGAUGUUAUUGUUAAGCAAUGUGCUUGUCUGUAA